AAAACCUUAAGCAACUAGUAGAGUUUAGUGCUCCUUCACCAAUUUCACUAGCAUGCAUGUUUUUACUUAGAACAACGCAUCCGCCUAGUUCUCGUCAGCAAUCAGUUGCCGCGCAGAUCCACCUAGGGCCAAGAAUAUUUAAUUUGAUUAAGCGGACAGCGCUCCGCCGCCCACACGUAGCAUUCUUCAUAGGCGCGUAAUGGGGAGACGGGCAACGCCCCGGGUGGCAGGUACUA